GUGAAUAUGUAGAUCCUCUGCUUCUUUGCGCCCGAUUUGCAUCCUGCGGUUCCGGAAUAGCGGGGAAGAUGCGGUCCUUGGACAUCGCAGAGCUGGCAGAGCCGGAGGAGGUGGAGGUGAUGGAGCCCGAGGAGGACUUCGAGCAGUUCCUGCUCCCGGUCAUCAACGAGAUGCGCGAGGACAUCACGGCGCUCACCCGCGAGCAUGGGAGAGCCUACCUGCAGAACGGGAGCAAGUUGUGGGAGAUGGACAGUAUGCUCAUCCAGAUCAAGACGCAGGUGGAGAUCUCAGAGGAUAGCAUGCUCAACCGUCUGCACAACGCGGACAACGGAGUCGAGGGCAGAGGGACCAAAUGGUGCAAGAAGGUGGAGGAGAAGGCCAAGGAGAUCGCGAAGAUGGCAGAGAUGCUGGUGGAGCUGCUCUGGGGGAUAGAGAAGAGCGAGUCGUCCUGAAGGAGGGUCAGCCGUUUACAGCCAAUGGAUUCUGGUCAACUGAUGGAGGUUGGCUGACACCCUGGAGAAGCUGAAACCAGAGAGCCUUUUGUUUUCUCUUUUUUUCUCUGUCUACGCUCUGUCCUCACUUACACCACGUUUCUGCUAUGGUCUGUGGUUAAUGACCUCAAUGUGAGGUUUGACUGUUAAAUGUUUUUCUUUGGGGAGGUAAAUUUUAUUUGGAAAAUGCUCUCAAGAAUUAGGGCCUAGAUUGUAAGCUCUUGCAGCAGUCACAUUUGUUCCUGGGUUUUCGUUAUUUCUAAAUUUUUGAGGUGCUUUGCUCUUUCUUGUGUGACCUGAUCGCUCCCUGGAACUUCGAGUCUGUGUGUAACAGAUGAG